GGGUGGAGUUGCCUCCUUUUCCCGGUCUGGGUCAAGGUGCGGAGCGCGGAGGCUGUAUGGCGGGGCCGUCCUUGAAGCGAAGAGAAGAGGGGAAAAGCUGGACGGGAGAGAACGAGAGAAGUGGGUGGCCGUGGGGCGGAUCGCCCCGUCUCUCUUUGGGGGCGAUCCGGCCUCGCGGAGUGCGCUGGGGUUGCUUGGCGAGCGUCGACCUAAAGCGUGCUGACAAGCCGGUGCCCGUCGACUAAGGGGUGAAUCUCAUGCAAGGUGAAAUCAGAUGCUACUGUGACGCUGCACAUUGUGUCGCAACAGGCUAUAUGUGCAAAUCUGAGCUCAGUGCUUGCUUCUCAAGACUGCUUGACCCACAGAACAGCCAUUCUCCACUGACUCAUGGCUGCUUGGACUCCUUUGCAAGCACCCUGGAUAUUUGUCAAGUUAACAUAGCCCAAAACCACUCUGGCAUUACCAUACCCACAUUGGAGUGUUGUCAUGAGGAUAUGUGCAAUUACAGAGGCCUGUAUGAUGUUCUGUCUACUUCCAGAGGGGACCCAUUGGGACAAGGGAACAGAUACCAGCAUGAUAAUAGCCGAAACCUCCUCACUAAAGUUCAGGAGCUUACCUCCUCAAAAGAAUUAUGGUUCAGGGCUGCUGUCAUUGCUGUCCCCAUCGCUGGUGGACUCAUCUUGGUGCUUCUCAUCAUGCUAGCACUGCGUAUGCUCAGGAGUGAAAACAAACAACUGCAAGACCAGCGGCAACAGAUGCUCUCUCGGUUGCACUACAGCUUUCAUGGACAUCAUUCCAAAAAAGGACAAAUGGCCAAGCUAGACUUGGAAUGCAUGGUGCCCGUAACAGGUCUUGAGAACUGUUGCAUGACCUGUGAGAAGAUGCGACAGCCAGACCUCAGUAAUGACAGAAUACUUUCACUAGUCCACUGGGGCAUGUAUGGAGGGCAUGGAAAGCUGGAGUUUGUGUGAUCACUUCUUUUUUGUUUUUUAAAUAUCUAUAUCUAUAUCUAUAUAUUAAAAUUUUGUCCUUAAAAUUACUAGGAAUUUUUUUUUUCAAAGGCCGUUGGGUUCUGCUGGACAGGAGCACUUUAUAUGGGGGUGGGAGGGAAGCCUACACUCAAUAAUCAAAAAACAAAGGACCUCUGCAGAUGGAACAUUGGAUUUGUCUUCUGAAGGAUUCCAAAAGCGAUCUUAUUUGCACAGAGUAAAUACACUUAAUGUAUUGUUUGUUUUAAAAUUAUGAAAGCAAAUUUGAGAAGUUUUACAUGCUGUUACCACGGUUGUCUGAGCUGUAGGGAAACGGGGGAUGAAUUAUGCUAUUAAACUGUAUGCAAAUUCUGAUGUAAAGAUUUUUUUAAAAAACACACAAAUAUAUAGAUAUAUAUUUUGCCUGAAACCUAUUUGUAGUUUUGUGUAUGAAGUAUUACACUAGAGAACAGGCACUUGAGCACAGUGUUGGUAUAGAC